AAAUACUGAAAAAGCGACAGUUCUGGCCAAACAACAGCUAUCGCUAAGUGGUCAGCACUGUAAACGCCUGCCGCGCUUUCUUAUCGGAAUAAUUUGCGGAUAAAGCUUCGUCCAGUUGGAGUGCAAUGCAGUAAUCAACAAUAAAAGUUAGUGGGCAGGGAAUGCAAAAAGUGUGUCAACUGGCAGAAAACGGCGUGCCAGGAAGCGCUCCUUUUGGCCAUAGCAACCGAUAAGUCCAAGGCAAAUUACGAAACCGCCAUUGAUUUUGGUUCCCCACCAAUAUGUAACUUGUGAAUUAGCGUUGAUACCUGAACCCUAAAAAAGCCCCACAUAGAAUAUUAAUUUUCCAAGAUGUUGACCCUGUAUUACGUGAGUGCCACCGUCCUGCAAUCCUGGCGCAUUCAAAAGGCCUGCUCCAAGAUCGCUGAGCACUUGGCGCAGCCCUCGAGUAUCGCAUUCUAUGCACUUCAGGCGGGCAGCGAUGACGGAUUUGAUCCCGCCCUGGCCAGCUCGGAGCUAUGUGGCAACCGCAAUGCGGCCAAGGUCACGGACAUCCUGUGGCUGCAUGGCAACCAGCGGGGCUGUUGCCUUCGUCCACUGCAGGCGCUCAACAUCACGCCAUGGAUCAGCUUCCCACCGGCGCCCAGCUUGCUGCCCUUCUCCUAUGCCGCUGACACCGUGACGCCGGUGACCACGCCUACGGAGGCCGACAGCCAGCCCAAGCAGCGGGUCUCGCUGUCCGCGCAGGACGAACAGCGGAUGCAGCUGCUCCUGGAGGCCCAAGUGGAGCCCCUGCAGCGGCCCAGUUGCGAGGACACCACUGCCGUGAGGCUGGAAGAUUACGGUAAGCUAAUAGCAUGGAAAAUAGACUCCCACCUGGCGGUGCUCAUCGAGACAGACGUCGAGCACUUCACGCAACUUUUGAUAACGACAUUCUUGCGAAAUAAUUUAUGCAUUAACGAUCAGCUGCCACUAUUGCGGAUUGAGUCGGUUCGGCGGGAAGGUAAUCCACAACCUUUUGAGCUGCUGGCCAAUCACCUAAAGCGGCAGUCCCGCACCUCCGUCGGCCUGGACAAAGAUGGCUGGCGAAAGCAUCUGGAGGAUCUGCGAGCGGUCGGUGUGCUGGCCCAUCAAGCCACUGAGUUUGAGUACCAAAAAAACCGCUCGGAGGGAAGGUCCAAGCCAGAUCUCAUUGCCCAUGAGCAUCGCCAGGCUGUGGAACCGGUGGCCAAGGCGGUGGCUGUGGUGGAACCCACCAACAAGGCAUCUUUGUCUCCUGCAAAAAAUGCUGAAAACGUCCCGAAAGCUGAGGCCAAACCUUCUCCCGACAAAAACAAGGCGAAAGCCACUCCUGCUAAGAGCGAAGCGAAAAGCACUCCUGCCAAGAGCGAGUCAAAUGCCACUCCCGCUAAAAGCGAAAGCAAGUCAACUAAAUCCAAGGAGGACUCAAAGUCAACGCCAACCAAAGGUGAUUCCAAGCCAAGUGAACUGGAGAAGCUAGCGGCUGCCCAGGCGGCGCAGCUGCAGAAGACUGGGAAAGCGGAAAGCGUAUCGCCCAUAAAGGCUGCUCCACUGGCUAAGCCAUCUAAUCUCAGUAAAGUGAGCGAGCCUGCUACAGAAUCGGCUGAGCCAAAAAAACCAAGUAAAUCCUUCGAGAUCGCGAAACCUUUAAAUUCGCCUCCACCAUCUGGCACUGCACCUUCUGCGCGUCCUGUGCUGCAGCGGAAUAAGGAUAGCUUGCAAGAGAGCAAGCCCCUCAACGUUUUGGUGUACUCGGACAGCGCCAGUGCCCGGGAAUCCACCCUGGCCACUCUUCAGCAGUUGCUGGAGCGGAAUGUGUACACCAUCUAUCCUCUGAUGCCUCAGCAGGCCGCCCAAAAGUAUUGGACGGAGCAAACAGCUCUGCUUGUUGUCUGCGGAUCGGUGGCGCCAGGAAUAGGCCAGAUUCUGGUAGACUAUUUCCUGCAGGGCGGCAAGGUGCUAAGUCUCUGCUCGGAUAUACUGCACUUCAUUCUGCCCAAUUACCGCACAGCAGAGGUUCGAGAGCACGAAUUGGUUCAGUUUUCUUAUGACAAGUGGCAGCGCGUCAAGAUGAUGCACCACAUCUUCUGCUACCAGCCGUCGCCAGUGAAGAAGCACUUCUCCACGGACAGUGAGGAGUCCACUAAGUCGCAUUCCCGCAAACCAGCUCUAGUAUGUCCAAGGUCCAUGGAACUGAAAGAUCUGGCCGGCCACAACCACAAACUGGAUGUCCAGGUGCUGGGCACCGAAGAAACCUGGAACACGCCCAGCUUGAUGUUGGCCAAAAGCCUGCAGAGUGGAGGAAAGGCGGUCUUCUCGCAGGUUCAUUUGGAAAUGAAUCCCAGCGAGUUUGAAUCGGACGAGAUUAAGUACGGCAUUCUAAAGCAAAACGAAGGUACUCGCCUCGAGAUUUUUUCGGAUCUGCUAAGGAAGUACUUGGACGUACAGGUCCAGGGUAGAGAGGGUGUCGAUCAGUCGCAGCCCGGAGUGGUCUAUCAGCACGCCUAUUUCCUCGGCCGUCAUGAGACCAAGUUUGAGCUCCUGGAGAAGCUGCGCCUGCGUUGCAGCGGCCCCGACAACGUCAUAGCCACGCCCAAGCUGACGCUGAAGUUCUGUGGCAAGGACGACAAACCUCCAGUGGCAAACAACAAUGUCCUGCCCAUACUGAUACAUUCCUGUCCGGACGAUUUCUCUACCGUAGAAUACUUUGAUCUUCUUAAAACUGAGCACAUUGGACGGCUGGUCAUCUAUGCACCUGUGGUAAGCAGUUCCAUGCAUGUCAUCAACAACCUGGAGCUUAUCGAUGGCCUGGCUGUGCUUCCCGUGCAACAGACUAGUGGAGUCGGCCGCAGCAAUAACCAGUGGCUCAGUCCUCUGGGUUGUGCCAUGUUUUCGCUACAACUCCACUUGGCCAUGGACUCGGCUUUGGGCUCUCGGUUGCCUCUUAUGCAGCAUAUAAUUGGGGCGGCUAUUGUCAAUUCUUUGCGUGGUCAUGAACUGUAUGGGGUACUAGAUAUUUGCCUAAAGUGGCCAAAUGACAUAUACGCAAAUGGAAACCAGAAAAUUGGCGGACUCGUUAUCAACACCACAUUACAAGGCUCCCAAGCUAUCGUCAAUAUCGGUAGCGGAAUUAAUUUAAACAAUUCAAAACCAACUGUUUGCAUUAAUGAUUUGAUACGGGAACACAAUACACGAGCCCCGAACAACAAGUUACCCUUAAUUAAAUAUGAAAUAUUAAUGGCCAUGAUAUUUAAUGAAAUCGAAAGACUCUUGGGCGAAGUACAAAAUGGUGACUUUAAUAGUUUUUAUGCCUUAUACUAUUCACUCUGGCUACACAGCGGUCAAACCGUCAAGAUUUGCCUCCAAAACGAACAAGAAAAAGAAGCCGAAAUUGUUGGAAUCGAUGAUUUUGGAUUUUUACAAGUCAAAUUACCAUCUGGAACCAUAGAAACUGUUCAGCCUGAUGGGAAUAGCUUUGAUAUGUUGAAAGGGUUAAUUUUACCCAAAUAUCAUUAGAUAUGAAGAGAAUGAACAAAAAUUAUAAAAAUUCCCCAAAGACACUUAUUUGAUAAAGCUAUUAGCAAUAUUUAAUUUUUUUAGGCGAAUUUAGGUCAAUUUAUUAAGAAUUAAUUAACUACCUUCAUACAUACACCAAUACUACUAUUUAUAUGACGUUUAUCCUAAAGUGGCUUAAACGAAUUUACUCUUACUUAAAUUUGAAGACAUACCCCUGGAGACCAUAAAGUCCACUAAAUUGAAUACUGCCAAAGAUAAAUAUAUAAAUAACAGCAGGUGUAUCCCGUUAUCCCAGUGUUUUGGAAAUAUUCCGUAAGUUUAUCCUGUUCCUUACCAUUGUUAUUGUCCUCUACGUUUGCGUGUUUUUGAAAUUUGACUUUAAUAAACGUGGCGUAUAUUAUUAUUGCGA